UAAUUAAGUUUUCAGAAGUUUUUGUUAAAUGUAACAUUGCUUUUCUAGUCAUUCUAUUUAUAAGUGUAUUUUGAUAAGCAAUAAAACAAAGUGUCUUAAAAGUUUUAAAGAGAGAAAAUGCCCUUUACACAGUUUCCUACAGAAAGUGCUCUAUGUUAUCCAAGCAGUUCAUGCUAUAAGCUUCACUCUUAUUGUUGAAUGCAAUUUUUACUAUCAUGCAAAUAAGCUUAGGUAAAUAAAAUGAACAGGUCACCUGAGAAGAUCAUGCAAUUAAUGUGAAAAUGACCGAGGUUUGCAAUGUGUCUUCCUUUGGUUUACAAUCAGUUUUAAAGCUACGCCUGUGUAAAAUUUCUGUAUAAAGGUAUAUUUCUUCUUUAUUUGAGUUUAUGGCUAUGGAAACACCAACUAUGUUGUUACAGCUGGCUGUUUUUUUAAGUCUAUCACAAUUUUCUUCCUGCUGAGAUGUUCUCAUUAGGAGUGGUUUUUGACUGUAACUACAGAAUUAGACUCGUUUGUAUGGUAAAAAGAAAAAUUCUGAUGCAUUUAGUGAGCAAAUGAACAAAAGGUCUGGGCAAAGAAUGAUGAAAGACAAACAGGAGCCAGGGAGCUACCACAUAUCUUCGGAGGAGAAGAUCUCAACAAGGAAAAAUUAAUAACAACAAAUGCCACAGACAGGUCAGAGAGUAGGACAAGGGAGAAAAAGACAGUGAACUUAGAAAUCAGGUCAACAGCGACCUUUGAAGUGGGGCAAGUAUACAGCAUUAAAUGUUGAGGACAAGGAAGGAAGAUAAGGGGUGCUCAUUCUUCUGGGUAAAGGAGAAAAUGAGAUUCCCACCAGCUGAGACUAGAUAGGGCAUAGGUCAGAAAGGGAGUCCUGGGGACAGCGCAGCAGGGGUGAGGUAGCUACUGUGGGAAUCUGAUAGGGAGCCAAAUAGAAGGGUUUCUGUGCCGCAAGGGGGACAGGCAGCUGCAGGGAAAUAGUAACCACCUCUUUGAGAUCAACUGGGACGUUUAUAAUGACUUCCUCCCAGACAGGUCUGUGAUCCAGAAGCAGGUGGCGCUGUUUAUCUAGCUUUAAGGAGUCCCUGGGUGGUGCAGUUAACACACUGGGCUGCUAACUGAAAGGCUGGAGGUUCGAGUCCACCCUGAGGUGGUCCUGGUGAUCCACGUCCCAAAAAAUCAGCAAUUGAAAGUCCUGUGGAGCACACUUCUGCUCCUGACACACGUGGGCUUGCCAUAAGUCAGAAGCCACUACAUAGCAACCAGUUUUUUGUUUUUUUUAAGUAGUCUCUAUUUCGGAGGCCAAAAUUCGGAAUGCCAGAAGUUGUAAAAUAUGAAGCCAGUCAUGGAAUAAGAAAGCCAGGAGACUGAUGACAGGCUUAGAAUUAAAUAUUAAUAUUAAACAGUACGGAAUGUUUUUAAAACAUAAAAUAUAUUAUAAAAUACCUCGAUGUAAACUAUUAUAAAAUAUGACCACAUGACUGAGUAAGCAGCAUGCAUAUAUACACCCUCCUAGCCAACCCUUUCUGACUGCUCCCAAAAUCACCCAGGAUGACGCAUACGCAGGGCACGCACGCGCACACUUGCACGCGCACACACACCUUAGAAUUACACAUCAGGACAAAGGAGACAGAACCAGUAAUAAUAAGAAAAUGGCUUUAGUAAGUUCAGAAAUGUACACAAUGAUUACAUCUAUUUUAUUUUCUUUAUUGAGAUAAGAAUCUAGAAAACAAAUAUUUUACCGCUUACCAAAAGGUCUGUGGCACCUUGGAUUAAAGCUUUAAAGCUUUUGAUGUGUGGACUAGAAGUAAGGAGGAGGAAAUACCAGGAUUGUCGCUUUAUAAGAACUGAACAAAGAGUAAGAACGAAAAAGCUCAUCAACGGUGGGAGCACGAUGCCUAUAAAAGCGAUGAAUUCUUCAUAAGCAUUUUUAUUUCUAAUUAUGGAAUACCUCAAACACACCCAAACGAUCUCGAGUGAAGAAAUGCUUUGGCUGCAUCAAGAUGACAAGCACUCACUGGGCUAAACUGAGUCCCUGAGAGCAGACAGCAUAUUACAAGAGAACUUUUCAAAGGAGAAAGAAAAAAAUAUUUCCUAGAACUCUGGAGUCUUGGCGAAUCAUUUACCAUUUUAGGGAAAUGCUGGUCUCCAUGUUACCUGCCUCUGCCUUUGGAAGUUACGAAAUGACCAAUUCCACCACCACGCCACCUCCUGAGGAUGCCUGCUCCCGGAACACCCUGAUAACCCAGCGUGUCAUCCCUGUGCUAUACUGCACGGUCUUUGUCAUGGGGAUCCUGCUCAACGGAGUGUCAGGAUGGAUAUUCCUGUACGUGCCUAACUCCAAGAGUUUCAUCGUCUAUCUCAAAAACAUCGUCGUCGCUGACUUCCUGAUGAGCCUGACUUUUCCUUUCAAGAUCCUCAGCGACACAGGCCUGGGCCCCUGGCAGCUGAACGUGUUCGUGUGCAGGGUUUCCGCUGUAUUCUUUUACACCAACAUGUAUGUCAGCAUCGUGUUCUUUGGGCUCAUCAGCUUCGACAGGUAUUAUAAAAUCGUCAAGCCUCUUUUGACGCCUUUCAUCCAGUCGGUGAAUUACAGUAAAGCCCUGUCCGUCACAGUCUGGAUGCUCAUCCUCCUUCUCGGCAUCCCAAACAUUAUUCUGACCAAUCAGAGUGUCAGGGAGGAGAGGCGUAUCAACUGUAUGGACCUUAAAAGCCAACUGGGACAAAAGUGGCACAAAGCGUCCAAUUAUAUCUGUGUGGGUAUCUUCUGGAUUGUGUUUUCUCUGCUAAUCAUAUUCUAUGCCGCUAUCACGAGGAAAAUCUUCAAGUCUCACCUCAAGUCCAGAACAAAUUCUAUCUUGGUCAAGAAGAAAUCCAGCCGUAACAUAUUCAGCAUCGUCUUCGUAUUUGUCAUCUGCUUUGUGCCUUACCACACUGCCAGAAUCCCUUAUACAAAGAGUCAAACAGAGGAGGAUUACAGCUGCCAGUCAAAAGAAGUCUUGCUCUACGUGAAAGAAUUCACCCUGCUACUGUCUGCUGCAAAUGUAUGUCUGGACCCCAUUAUUUAUUUCUUUCUAUGCCAACCAUUCAGAGAAACCUUAUGUAAGAAAUUGAAUAUCCCAUUAAAAGCUCGGCAUGAUCUAGAGACUUCCAAAACCAAAAGGGAAAACAUGGCACAUGAAAGCACAGAUACUUUAUGAAUUCCUCCAUGCGUCUCAAUCAUGUCCAUGUAUGCAUAUUGUAAUCUCCAAUUACAGGGUAAGAGGUACAAGUAAGAAUUGUACUCACGACAAUAAGCUUCCUUUCUAGGCAUUACUAUCCAAUUUAGUACAAUAAUUAAGAUUAAAUGUAAGUUUCUGUGCUUUACUGUAACGUCAAAGAAAAAAUAUCCAUCAGCAGAUGUUUGUGUGAAUGCUGGAAUUUAUUUUUUCUGUUGAUAAAAGAGAAAGAAAGGAUACACACAUUAUUCACUCCUAUUCCAUCAAAAUGGAAGGUCGAGUCGGUGAACGCAGAAUUUUAAAUAGUAUAGAAAGCAAUCUAAGGCAACUAACGUGGGCAUGUUUUUCCUCUUAACGUGAGAAUGAAGUUUUUAAGUUUUUUUUUUUUUUUUUUUUAAAGGGGUCAUUAAAGACCAACUUAAAUGUAGGCACAGUUUGAUAAAGGACUAGAGGCUUAUUUGUAGUGAAAAAGUCAAGCUGUCUCUGAUUUGAAGAAGCAGGGUAAGCAGACACCCAGAUAAUCAGUUAAGAACCCCCUGGUUAAGCUCAUGGCAUUGUUCAAAGGAAAGCAGACAUGAAUUAUGUACUUUGCUAGAAGAAUGCAAUUUUUUUCUGAAAAAAAAUUUGAGAAUGAUAUAAGAUAUGUGUUAAAUAUAUUUUACAUGAAGACUUGUUAAGCCACUUAAUGACCUUGGGGCUUUGGUGUUCAAACAGUUUUACAUGGACUCUGCCAAGGGAAACUAGAUACUAGCAUGUGUUGCCAGCAACUUCCCAUUCAGUAGUAUCGAAAAAAAUAGAGUGACCUGGAAAUAGAAUCACACAUACACACACACACAAUAUUCUCCAGAGAGGGAAAAAAAAAACAAGCAGUUCUCUUAGAAAACCACUGGACUUGAUGCAAAGAAAAUCUAAAACUUGCAAUAAUGAGAAAAUUAAAACAUAAAAUGAAAUUUCAUAUAUCACACUUUCUGGGAAACAGACCAGUUUAAUAUGUGAAGAUACACAAUAAGGCUGCUUGCUUGUGAGUUAUUAAAACGAAGUUCUUUCUCUGCUAUUAACUGGCUAGAAGAUAUUCAGCCCAUCUUUCAGAUGCUCUUGUCAGACGCUCCUGUCAGUGAUGUCUGGAUACAGGUCAUGCUUUACAAUCUGUGUACCAAUAAAGCAAUUAUUUUUAA